GCCGCCUUGGGCCUGCCGGGGGCUCGGCCAGGGAGAGCCUGGAGCUGAAGGACAUCUUCAUUGCGGUGAAGACGACGAGGAAGUACCACAGGAGCCGGCUAGACUUGCUCCUCCAAACCUGGAUCUCCCAGGCGAGGGGACAGACAUUUAUAUUCACAGACUGGGAGGAUCAGGAGCUACGGCUGAAAGCAGGGGAUCAUAUGAUCAACACCAACUGUUCUGCUGUCCAUACCCGGCAAGCUCUCUGCUGCAAAAUGUCUGUGGAAUAUGAUAAAUUCCUGGAAUCUGGGCAAAAAUGGUUUUGCCAUGUGGAUGAUGACAACUAUGUGAACCCUCGGACUCUCCUGCGUCUCUUAUCUGCCUUCUCACACAGCCAGGAUGUCUAUGUGGGGCGACCGAGUCUGGACCAUCCCAUUGAAGCAGCUGACCAUGUCCAAAGUGAUGGAUCAAAGACAACCGUGAAAUUCUGGUUUGCCACAGGUGGAGCAGGGUUCUGUAUCAGCAGAGGUCUUGCCCUGAAGAUGAGUCCCUGGGCCAGCCUAGGUAAUUUCAUCAGUACUGCAGAAAGAGUGCGUCUUCCUGAUGACUGCACUAUUGGCUACAUCAUUGAAGGGCUGCUGGAGGUAAAGCUGCUGCACAGCCCAUUGUUCCAUUCCCAUCUGGAAAAUCUGCAGAGACUACAAGGCGAGUCUGUUCUGCAGCAGGUAACCCUAAGUUACGGGGACCCUGAGAACAAACACAAUGUUGUGAGUGUGGGAGGAGUGUUUGGCCUUCAGCAAGAUCCAACCCGAUUUAAGUCUGUCCAUUGUCUGCUCUAUCCUGACACUAUUUGGUGCCCUGCUAAGAAGAUGCCAUAAUUCUUGACCAGUUGUUGACACCUGUAUCUUACCUAGUUUGCAUAAGGCAGGAGUUGUGGUGGACUUUUUUUUUUUUUUUUUUUCUUCUGGGAAACAACCAGAGGUAUCUACAAAGGAGGUAGACAGAUGCUAUUUACAAAAGGAAGAAGGUGUGGUUUGUUC